AUGACCCAUUACGACAACCGUACGUCUGUUGCAGACCUUGUCGGAAACACACCAUUGGUAGAGCUUUCGAAGCUUCCCAAGGCAUUAGGAAUCAAGCCUAAAGUUUAUGCAAAACUUGAACUGUACAACCCUGGUGGCUCGAUCAAAGAUCGUAUUGCCAAAUCCAUGAUCGACGAUGCUGAAGCUUCUGGCAGAAUCCAUCCUUCAAGAACCACUUUGAUCGAACCUACUUCAGGUAACACAGGUAUCGGGUUGGCUCUUAUGGGUGCUGUCAAGGGCUACAGAACUAUUAUUACUUUGCCUGAAAAAAUGUCCAACGAAAAAGUCUCGGUGCUAAAGGCCCUGGGUGCUGAAAUCAUCAGAACUCCUACAGCUGCCGCGUGGGACUCGCCAGAGUCUCACAUUGGUGUGGCCAAGAAACUGGAACAAGAAAUCCCACAUGCCGUCAUUCUGGAUCAGUACAACAACAUGAAAAACCCAGACGCUCAUUUCUUUGGUACAGGUAAGGAAAUUCACAAGCAAUUAGAACAGCUCAACCUUUUCGACAAGCUGCACGGUGUUUUCGCCGGUGCAGGAACUGGUGGCACCAUCAGUGGUAUUUCCAGAUACAUCAAGGGACAGCGUUCUGACAUUCAGAUCAUCGGAGCCGAUCCUGAGGGCUCUAUCCUUGCUCAACCGGAAUCAUUGAAUGCCACAGAAGAGGCUGAAUACAAGGUCGAAGGUAUUGGCUAUGACUUCAUUCCAAAGGUGUUGAACCGUGAUUCGGUCGAUGUUUGGUUCAAGACCAACGAUCUUGACUCCUUCAGAUACGCCCGUCAGCUAAUCUCUAACGAGGGUCUCCUUGUAGGUGGUUCCAGUGGAAGUGCUUUUGCCGCCAUGAUGGACUACAGCAAGCAGCAUCCUGAGCUUACCGAAGAUGAUGUAUUUGUGGUUAUUCUGCCAGACUCCAUUCGUUCCUACUUGACCAAAUUUGCCGAUGAUGAAUGGCUAAAGAAGAACAACUUGUGGGACGACGAUAUCUUGAAGCCUUUGGGCAGAAGUCAAAGCGAUACAUUCAAGGGUGCCACUGUCAAAGACCUCAACUUGAAGCCAGUGGUGUCUGUGAAAGAAGAUGCACCUAUCUCAGAGGUUGUCAAGAUUUUAACCGAUAACGGCUUUGAUCAACUACCUGUCUUGACUGAGGACGGCAAGUUGUGCGGUCUAGUCACCCUUUCGCAGCUCUUGAAGAAGCUUUCUUCAGGUGAAGCCGCGAAGAGCAUUCAAAAGCUAUUCUACGACUUUAGAGGACUCAACAACUUUGAUGAAGUUUCAUCCUACAACGAAAACAAGUCUGGCAAAAAGAAGUUUGUUGACUUCACCGUUGACAGCAAGCUAUCGCAAUUGAACCAAUUUUUCGAAAAGAACUCAUCUGCUGUUAUCACCGAUGGCCUCACUCCAGUUCACAUUGUAACCAAAAUGGACUUGCUAGAGUACUUGACCAAAAAGUUGUAG